AUGCUUCAAAAACGGCUUCGGGUCAACAAGGCCGUUCGGACGGUCAGUCGGGACUUUCGGCCGAGAUUCAGGUCGUGUUCGGCCUUAGGUACGGUCAGAAUGAUCGUGGCCGGGUGGUUGUGCGUUCGGUCGUCCGGAUUGGCUGGGUGGUUAAGUUUGGUUGUUGUCGUUGGGAUUAGCUGGGCGGUCGUCGGCCUUCAGUACGGUCGGGUCGAUCAUGGGAUGAUGGGUUCCUGCUCGGACGGUGCGGUCGUGCGGAUAUGCGGAUCGUGGGAUGCGGGACGGUAG